UCAAAAACAAAAGCAAAAAUGCAAAACCCUCCUCAAAACCUCACACUCUCACUGUCUCUCUCAAAAACCCACUUCCAUUUUAUCCCCUAUUUUCUUCGCUUCCCCCAAAUCCAAUGCCCCAAUUCUCUCAAAACCCAUUUCUCUGUUCACUGCUCCGCUCGAGCAGGAGCAGGAGCAGGUGGAGGAGGACGAGGUCGAGGAGGCAAGAAGAAGCAGCCGAAGAAGCAAGGAGGCAGCGGUUCAGGAGGCCGCAUAGAGGGAGACGCCGCGUUCCGGCGAGCCAUUAAGGAAGGCGCCCGCGAUAAAAGCAGGAAGAUGGCGGAGACCCGGUUCCUCCGCCGCAACAGCGACAAGAACAACAAGGGCCUUAACCAGGCCGACCAUUUCACCGAAGACGAGCUUCAAGAGAUUGGCUUAGGCUACGACCGUAUGGUUCGAUUCAUGGACAAAGACGACCCCAAUCUCCGACACCCAUAUGACUGGUACAAGUAUGGCCAGUACGGCCCUUACUCCUGGCGUGGUGUUGUCGUUGGUGACCCCAUUCGCGGCCGCUUUUCGGACGAGCGUGUCACUUUGAUCAGUGAAGUCAGGGACCAGGAAGAGUGGGAGAAGAUUGAGCAGUUUGAAAUGGCUACGGAUUUCGGUAAGAGAUUGAAGGAAAUGGAAAAUAAUGUCAAAAAUGAUAAUAAUACUGAUAGUAUUAAAGGGUUAUUUAAGCAUUUCUGGGUGUUUGUGAGACACCCCAAAUGGAGAGUUAAUGAAUUGCCUUGGGAACAAUGGACUUUGGUGUGUGAGGUUGUUGUGGAAGCCCCGAAAGGAAGGUUGGAUAAGUGGAGUUUGAUGGGUAGGUUUGGGAAUAAGGCGAGGUCUCUUAUAACGCAAUGUGCGGCAUGGAUGAGGCCUGAUAUUCUGUAUGUUAAGAGGCCGGUGUAUCAGUCUCGGUUUGAGCCUCAGGAGGAUUUUUUUAAGGGGUUGAUGCCUUUAUUGGAUCCGAAAACGGAGAGGCAGUACUUGUUUGAGGUGAGGAAUGAGGAUGGGAGUGUUGAUGCUUGUACUUAUUUUGGUGGAUUGUGUAAGAUCCUGAGGGCCAAUCCCAAAGCGUUUGUGGAUGAUGUGGUGAACAAGUAUGAGAAGUUGAGUGAUGAGAGGAAGUCUGAGUGUUUGGAGUUUCUGUUGAGUAAUCAUCCAACGCAGAACUUGUUGCAUCCGUAUACUAAGGAGUGGAAAGCAAAGUUGGAGGAGAUGGAGUUGGGGUGUGAUGCCCCGGAUGAUGAUGAGGAUGGGCUCAGCGGUAAUGCAGGUGAGACUGAGGUUGUAGAGUGGAUUGAGGAUGAUGGUAAUGACGAGGAGGAGGAGGAGGAGGAUGAAUGCAUUGUUGAGAAUGAUGAUGAUGAUGAUGAUGAUAUAGUUAUGGAUUCAGAAGAAGGUGGAGAUGAUGAAUCUGGUAUUGAAGAAGAGGAUUUAAGUGUAGAAGAGGAUAAGAAGUUUUGGGAGGAGGAGUUUCAAAAGGCAGUGAGCAGCGCUGAUGCAAUGGAGAAGUUAGCAAAACGGAGUGUUGAAGUGUCAAAUAAGUUCUAUAAGGAGCAGUUGAGGGAAAUGGAAUCACAGAAAAAGGGAAAAGUUAAAAACAUUUCAGAAGAUGGAGAUGAAACUGCACUGAGGGGCAAAUGGCCAAAAGUGAGUCCAGAGGAAUGGAAGCGUGUUGGGUAUGGUCCAUGGAGAAAAAGGAUUAAGAAGAGUAAAAUUCCUCCAGAGUUGUUUUUGCGAGCUGCAGUAAGACCAUUCACUUACAGAAAUCUUGUAAAGGAGAUUGUUUUGGCGAGGCAUGGAAUUGUAGAUGGUGAUUUUAGUUGGAAAGAAUAAAGUUUUAGCCUUUUGUUGUUCAUAUUGUUACUGUGUAAAUUGUCUGUUCAAUCUCUGAAUUUUGAAGGAAGCUAGAAGCUUGAGUGGUUUAUUUACCUUAUGAGCUAUGUGGUUGGUGCCAGGUAACACAGGUUUGAUCAGUGUUUUUGUUUCCAUAAUUUUGGAAAUUUUUA